AUGGCGCCCAAGAAGCCUACGACCACGGCAGAAGUGGCUCUAGUUCCUCUCAAGAACUGUCUGGUCAACCUGCCUCCUUCUCUGGUCUCUCUACUGGUCAAUGCGAACACACCUGCCCAGAAUGCCAUCAUCGAAUUGCAAUACAAGUCGAACUCCGCAAAGGCCAAUGGUGCGGCGCUGCAGAAAUCAUGUUACCUGGGGUGGACAGGUAUGCCGAGCAAGCGCAAGCUUGCCCCGGUCGUGAGCCGAGAUGGCAUCAAUACCGGCUACGCCCGAGAACAGGAAGUCUCGACCGUGGAGCUAGACACGACCUUCGGCCGACUGCUUGGCCUAGCGGAAGGACAGAAGGUCGGCUUGCUUGUACAUCUCGACCCGCCCAUUGCGCAUACGAUCAAUAUCGAGCCAUUGACCCCAGAAGAUUGGGAGAUCAUUGAGCUUCAUGCUACUUUCUUAGAGCUUAACCUGCUAUCUCAAAUUCGUGCCCUUCCGAAUCCCUCCUACACUACGGCAGAAGCGGAGCAUAUGCACCCAUUGGCCUUGCACCUGUCGCCCACAUCUACCGCAAAUAUAGUCGUUACCUCCCUUACCCCUGCGCCCUCAGAAACCUCGCCAUUCGCCAAGAUCGCACCUGAUGCCGAAGUGAUCGUCGCCCCCAAAGUCCGAUCCAAGACUGGAAAGUCAGGCCGGGGAGACAGCCGGAGUAAUGCGGGAAGUAGCAGAAGGAGUGCAGGGGGAAGGAGCACAGGAAGCACUGUGCGUCCCAAGAGCAGCCGAUCAGACUCUCGAGGGUCUCUGUAUCUGCGAGGUGUUGACCGCGCGGUAGCAGACGAGCUGUUUGACCGUGAAAUGGAUGAGGAAGAGAACGAGGGGCUCCGCGUUUGGGUCGAUCCCGAGCUUUUGAAAUCGAGCCAGCUUCGAGGCUCCAGUUGGGCCAGUGUUUCACUGGUUCAGCCUUCUGGUCUGAAGCCGCCGGUCGACCCGCAGCAGCAGUUGGCCCAGCAGGAGCAGAAGUCUAGCGAAGCUGGUAGCCCCACUACCAAGGUAGUAGCGAAACUUUUACCCUGGGAGGAAGCUCCGGACAGCAAACAUGUGGCUAUCUCUAGUGUGCUCUGCUCGGCCCUGGGUGCGGAGAACAUGGUUGGAGGUAUUGUGCGGGUGGAGGCUGCACCACCUCAAUUGCAUCGGUCGGCGGUCAAAACGCUCAAGGUGUACCCGUUCACAGCCGAUACAUCCAAGAAAAAGGAUGGUCUCAAAUUCGGAUCUGAUACUGCGGCUUCGAGGGACGCACUCGCUGAGCGUCUCAAGGUUAUCUAUGGCAGUACCGGGUCUGACGUUGGGCUUUUCUCUGGCCCGUUAACGGACGGCAUGAUUCUACCCCGAGUUGAGAACCAUCCGUCCGUUUCUUCGUUUGACGGGGCCAUUGUUAGAUUUGAUCCGCCCCUCAAAGCAAACUCCGAAGAUUCCAAGUUGUUGUUUGGGUGGCUCUUGGGCUCUGAGGCUAUACUCAACGUUGAAGUGAAAGCUGAGAUACCCAAACCUUCUGACGCCGGCUCAUCUGCUUUGCCGACUGAUGACCCGAUCCCCGAGACUGCUCCACAGCUCGUUGGAAUUGACUCUAUCAUCUCCCAGUCGCUUUCAGCCUUGACGAAAUCCUCAUCUAUUCUACUGACUGGGGGCCUUGGUGCGGGAAAGACUGCUCUCACUCACCUCCUAGCCCAUAAGCUGAGGAAAGAUCACCUAUUCAACGUCAAGUACUUUUCCUGUCGCAAACUCGUAACCGAUGAAACACGGAUCUCGAACAUUAAGGAGGUCUUGAACCGGUUGUUCAUGUCCGCAUCGUGGUGUGCUCGUUUGGGUGGCCAAGCUGUUGUUAUUCUCGACGAUCUCGAUAAGCUUUGCCCGGUGGAGACCGAAUUGCAGGUUGGAGGCGACAAUGGCCGCAGUCGGCAAAAUAGCGAGGUCAUUUGCUCCAUGGUACGAGAGUACUGCUCAAUGAACUCAUCUGUUGUUCUUCUAGCCACAGCUCAGGCCAAAGAGUCGCUGAACAAUGUCAUCAUUGGAGGUCACGUUGUCCGUGAGAUUCUGAAUAUGCGCGCGCCUGACAAGGAUGGCCGCCGCAAGGUCUUGGAAAAACUUACGAGCCAGGACCGAGCCACUUCUGAGUUCAAUGGCCAUGCCCGCGCAACCAGUACCUCGACUCAUUCGACUCAAGAUUCAUGGUUGGACCCAUCAAACCUGGGGAGCCGGCCAAGUUCCUCGGGGGGCGAUGGAUUUGUUCUCAGUAGGGACGUGGAUUUCUUAGAACUCGCCGGUAAAACCGAUGGAUACAUGCCCGGUGACCUUGUGCUGCUUGUUGCGCGCGCGCGCAAUGAGGCUCUUAUUCGCUCUGUCCAAGACCUAGCGACCGAAUCCAAGAUGAUAUCUCUCGGAACAGAAGAUUUCGACAGUGCUCUCAAAGGAUUCACACCAGCCUCCCUCCGGAACGUCACGCUUACCUCUUCUACGACCACUUUCUCCUCUAUCGGUGGUCUAUUUGAGACACGGCAGACCUUGAUGGAGACACUCCAAUAUCCAACCAAGUAUGCCCCAAUCUUUGCACAGUGUCCGCUGCGACUUCGAUCUGGUCUGCUUCUCUAUGGAUAUCCCGGUUGCGGUAAGACAAUGCUUGCCAGUGCAGUCGCCGGCGAGUGCGGUCUGAACUUCAUCAGUGUCAAGGGACCCGAGAUCCUGAACAAGUACAUCGGUGCUAGUGAAAAGAGUGUCCGUGAUCUGUUUGAAAGAGCACAGGCUGCGCGGCCCUGUAUUCUCUUCUUCGAUGAAUUCGACAGUAUCGCCCCGAAGCGUGGCCAUGAUUCCACCGGUGUUACCGACCGGGUGGUGAACCAGCUGCUUACGCAGAUGGACGGUGCGGAAGGCCUGUCAGGCGUAUACGUUUUGGCCGCAACCUCGCGACCAGAUUUGAUCGACCCUGCUCUGCUGCGUCCAGGUCGUCUGGACAAAUCAUUGCUCUGUGACAUGCCGUCGCGCGCUGAUCGGGCUGAUAUCAUCAAAGCAGUCAGUGAAAAGCUAAAGAUUAGCGAAGAGGUUGCAUCUCGCGUCGACGAAAUUGCCGCUCGUACCGAGGGACUGUCAGGCGCAGAUAUCCAGGCAGUUGUCUACAACGCCCAUCUUGAAGCCGUGCACGACGCUCUCGGAGAUCGGACGGCCGAAUCGACUAAGCCUGGUGCUCAGGCGGGCGCUUCGAAGACAUCUCCAAGCGCCUCGAGUAAAUCAUUCAUCCAAUUCCUCUACUCCUCGUCAGAGGAAGCUUCGGGCUCGGUCUCCAUGCCCCCUCCAGCGGUCGUUGCUGCGAAGUUGGAGCAGAUCAAGAACUCGCGUCGCCGCCAGCGGCAGCUGGACCAUGGUGCCUCCGGUGCAGGAACCUCUGCCUCGACCAACGCUACGAACGGCACAGAGGCCUCCGCUGAUGAGCUUCGUGAUGACAUUAUAGUCCGCUGGGAACACAUCGAGCGUGCGAUUAACACUACCCGUCCCUCGCUGAGCUCUACGGAACGUAGACGCUUCCAACGGAUCUACCAGGAGUUCGUUGCUGGUCGUAAUGGCGAGAUGCCGAAUGGCGAAGCAGUGAACGAGAUUGGGGGUCGCACUAGCUUGAUGUAA